CCACCUUGCUCUCCAUACAUCAGCACCACGACAAUACGUAUACUAGAUCAGCACGAGUCGCCAUCGCCUUAGACUCAUUACCACAGAACUGGCACCAUACUUCGUCAAUGUCGCUCCACGAAGUCUGGCAAGCAGCUGCAAGCAGCCCAUUCCAGCCAUCCGUUGGUAAAGACAGCCAACUCCCUUUGGGACUGCUGCUGUUGCUUAUCGGUCUCAUUCUCACUGGUCUUUUUGGCUUGAACCGAUCUCUUCUCUCCAUUCCUCUGUUCGGAAUACCCGCUUCUCUCGCAUUUGGGUUUGUCAACAGCGCAUUCAACUAUGAUUCAGUGGCUGAUGCCCGUACAGAUUCGGCGCCGUGUAUGCCAUUUGUGGCUUUGGUGUAUAUGUCUGAUAUUGCCGUCCCCUGAGCUCACCUGGAGAUCUACUUCCAAUAUCUGCACCUAGCCCAACAAAUGGCUAGCCCUCCCUUGUUCACCGCGGUUUCCACCUCUGCAAGACAAUUGCACCUUCUUCUCCGAUGUAUAUCGUUCUCCCCACGAGCAGAAGUUCAGAUAACGCAUUCUGGUAUAAGAUUCUCGGUUGAAGAAGCUCGGGUAAUCCAAGGCCUCACAUUUCUCGACAAGGCACUAUUCUCUUCGUACAAUUUGAACGUGACCGAUGAAGAGCACAUGUUGCCACCUUUUUCUAUAUCCAUAGUCGCCUUGCUCGAAACGCUACAGAUCUUCGGUAUAGCCGACACCACGUCCUCUUCUCGAAAUCCAUACGGUGGAUUUUCCUCGUCAUAUGGCAAUGCUUUCAACGCUCCUGCUCUAGCAGUAGGAGGAACAUGCCGAAUCUCCUACCAGGAAGUUGGUGCGCCGCUCACAAUAACUAUCCAAGAGGGUUCCGUGACGACAACAUGUGAGAUGAACACGUAUGAAGCACAAGAGGGUUACGAGGACGAUGGUGGAAUCCCGCUUGAUCGAGAGUCCUUGCGCUUGAGAGCCAUUAUGCGAAGCACUUGGUUACAUGAUGCCAUGAACGAACUUGCAGGGACGAAUCCGACCACUCUCGUCCUCAACGCGUCCACUGCUUCGGCUCCCUUCUUUGCGUUGGCUGGUGAAGGAGGCCCUUUCGGAGAUAGUACUGUAGACUUCAUGCCAGAGUCCAAGAACGAACCAACUCCGAGCGGUACCAGAGGGAAGAAGCAGCCUCUUGUGAUGGAGACGUUUUCUGUGGGGACUCCUACCAGACCCAUCAAGAUAAGACAGAGAUACAAAUUCGACAUGAUCAAGAGAGCUGGCCGGGCCAUGGCUCUAGCAAGUAGGGUCAGCAUUCGACAGGACCGCCAAGGAGUACUCAGCCUCCAGUUCAUGAUUGACCUUGGCGACGGAGGGAACUCAGGCCCGCGGCGAGACGAAGGAAAUGGCGGCGUAGAUGUGCCGCCGUCUCCUGGAAGUGUUGCUUUCGUUGACUUCAGGUUCGUCCCAUUAAUUGGCGAUGAGGAUGAUAGUUUCAGUGGAACGGAAACAGAGAGGGAGGAGGACAAUCUGCCUGAGUAGUUUCUUAGCAACAAACUCAUCAUCCGCUGCGUAUCA